CAAGGAACCUUUUGUUGUUUCAACUUUGCGAAUUCGCUUUUGGUGUUUCCGCCGUGUACACUUAAAAUUUCUGUUAGUACGGACUACGAUAGCGUGCUUAUUACCGCAUAUCCAGGAGUAUUUUCUAAAAUUAUGUAGUUUUGCUUUUAACAAAUGGCCACUGUAGAUGGAAGACCGGCGCAAUAUGGGAUUUCUCUUAAACAUUUACGAGAGCUCAUGGAGCAUCGUGGGAGAGAAGGCGUAGUUAAGCUAAGUGAACUUGGUGGUGUCACUAAAUUGUGCGAUAAAUUAUAUACAUCAACAAACGAUGGUCUACGAGGAACAAGGACGGACAUUGAGCAUAGGCGUGAGACAUUUGGGUCUAAUGUUAUCCCACCAAAACCCCCCAAAACAUUUUUAACAUUAGUCUGGGAGGCGUUACAGGAUGUCACCCUCAUUAUUUUAGAAGUAGCUGCGCUAGUUUCUCUUGGUUUAUCAUUUUACAAACCCGCCGACGAGGAUGCACCUUUACUGCAAGAAGAAGAAGAUCACCAUGGUUGGAUAGAAGGUUUAGCAAUUUUGAUCUCGGUCAUCGUUGUAGUAUUUGUAACGGCAUUCAAUGAUUACUCGAAAGAACGUCAAUUUCGAGGUUUGCAAAAUCGUAUUGAAGGCGAGCACAAAUUUUCGGUUAUACGUGGUGGAGAGGUGUGCCAAAUAUCUGUUGGUGAUAUUGUAGUCGGUGAUAUUGCACAGAUAAAGUACGGUGACUUGUUACCAGCUGACGGCAUUCUUAUACAAAGUAAUGAUCUAAAGGUUGAUGAGUCAUCAUUAACGGGCGAAUCAGAUCAUGUUAAGAAAGGUGUAGAUGUCGAUCCGAUGGUACUUUCGGGUACACACGUUAUGGAAGGUAGCGGAAAAAUUAUAGUCACGGCUGUUGGUGUAAACUCACAAGCGGGUAUUAUAUUCACAUUACUUGGUGCUGCUGUUGAUGAGCAGGAGGCUGAGCUGAAAAAACGAAAAAAAGGUACUGAUGAUGGCCGAGCCCCAAUGAAAAAUAUGCAUGUGCCUCCACCACCACCAGAUGGUAUCAAAUCUGAGUCCGAUGGUAAUCACGUUCAACAAGCUUCGUCCCCAGUUGAGACUGGCCACAAAAAGGAAAAGUCUGUCCUGCAAGCGAAAUUGACAAAAUUGGCUAUACAAAUCGGUUAUGCUGGUUCAACAAUAGCUGUUUUAACUGUCGUUAUAUUAGUCAUACAGUUUUGCAUAAAGACUUUUGUUAUUGAAGAGAAGCCAUGGAAAAAUACUUAUGCAAAUAAUUUGGUCAAACACUUAAUUAUUGGCGUGACCGUAUUAGUAGUAGCAGUUCCAGAAGGUUUGCCAUUAGCUGUAACAUUAUCGUUAGCAUAUUCCGUAAAGAAAAUGAUGAAGGAUAACAACUUGGUGAGACAUUUGGAUGCUUGUGAAACUAUGGGCAAUGCCACUGCAAUUUGUUCUGAUAAGACUGGUACACUUACAACAAAUCGGAUGACUGUCGUACAAUCCUAUAUCUGUGAAAAGUUAUGCAAAGUUCUACCAACUUUGAACGAUAUACCGCAACACGUAGGAAACUUAAUAACUAUGGGUAUUUCAGUUAAUUCAGCAUACACCUCCAACAUUAUGCAUGGUCAAAAUCCUGGUGACUUACCAAUACAAGUUGGCAAUAAAACCGAAUGUGCUUUACUAGGAUUCGUACAAGGUCUGGGGGUAAAGUAUCAGUCCAUUCGAGAUGAAAUUACUGAGGAUAAAUUCACUCGUGUAUAUACAUUCAAUUCGGUACGCAAAAGUAUGGGUACUGUAAUACCUCGGCCAAAUGGUGGUUAUCGUCUCUUUUCGAAAGGAGCAUCAGAAAUUAUGCUUAAGAAAUGCUCUUUUAUUUAUGGACAUGACGGGGUCUUGGAGAAAUUCACUCGUGACAUGCAGGAACGGUUGAUACGUGAAGUUAUCGAACCAAUGGCUUGUGAUGGGUUACGAACUAUUUCUGUAGCUUAUCGUGAUUUCGUACCAGGGAAAGCGGCAAUUAACGAAGUUCAUGUUGAUGGUGAACCAAAUUGGGAUGACGAAGAUAAUGUUAUGACCAACUUGACAUGUUUAUGUGUGGUAGGUAUUGAAGAUCCCGUUCGUCCAGAAGUUCCUGAUGCUAUACGUAAAUGUCAACGUGCUGGUAUAACUGUUCGUAUGGUUACCGGUGAUAACAUAAAUACUGCGCGAUCAAUCGCCUCGAAAUGUGGCAUACUGCGCCCUAACGAAGAUUUUCUAAUAUUAGAAGGCAAGGAGUUUAAUCGUCGUAUUAGGGACAGCAACGGGGACGUUCAACAACACUUGCUCGAUAAAAUUUGGCCGAAGCUGCGUGUUUUGGCACGAUCGUCGCCUACUGACAAAUACACCCUUGUUAAAGGUAUAAUUGAUAGCAAAGUAAGCGAAAACCGCGAGGUAGUUGCAGUUACUGGUGAUGGUACGAAUGACGGCCCUGCAUUGAAAAAAGCUGAUGUGGGCUUUGCGAUGGGCAUUGCUGGCACGGACGUGGCUAAAGAAGCGUCCGAUAUUAUAUUGACAGAUGAUAAUUUCAGCAGUAUUGUAAAAGCGGUAAUGUGGGGGCGUAAUGUAUACGAUUCCAUUGCUAAAUUUUUGCAAUUUCAACUCACUGUUAACGUUGUUGCCGUAAUUGUUGCAUUUAUUGGUGCAUGUGCCGUGCAAGACUCACCACUAAAGGCUGUUCAGAUGUUGUGGGUAAAUCUCAUUAUGGACACCCUUGCAUCUUUGGCACUAGCUACUGAACUUCCGACACCUGACUUAUUAUUGCGAAAACCCUACGGGCGUACCAAACCCCUAAUAUCACGCACAAUGAUGAAAAAUAUUUUAGGACAAGCUCUGUAUCAGUUAUUUAUAAUUUUCGGCUUGUUGUUUGUGGGAGAUUGGAUACUUGAUAUUGAAUCUGGUCGAGGUCAAGAACUUGGUGCUGGGCCCACACAACACUUCACUAUUAUUUUCAAUACUUUUGUUAUGAUGACUUUGUUUAAUGAAAUCAAUGCAAGAAAAAUACAUGGACAGAGAAACGUAAUAGAAGGCCUGUUAACUAAUCCGAUAUUUUAUACCAUAUGGAUUUUUACAAUGAUUGCCCAGGUCGUAAUAAUACAAUAUGGUAAAAUGGCUUUCUCCACAAAGGCAUUAUCUCUUGAUCAAUGGCUAUGGUGCAUAUUCUUUGGUAUCGGUACGUUAGUCUGGGGACAAUUAAUCACAUCAGUGCCUACAAGAAAAUUGCCUAAAAUUUUAUCAUGGGGUCGUGGGCACCCCGAGGAAUACACCGAUGCCAUGCAUUUGGGAGAAGAACGUUUUGACUCAAUUGAUUCUGAUAAAAAACCACGAGCUGGUCAAAUUCUUUGGAUAAGGGGAUUGACUCGCUUACAAACUCAAUGUUCGCAUCACGAUAGUUUGCCGUAUCACGCUGCUGUUGUUGCUCGGGAUUAUUGGACCACAACUUGAUCCGUAUAUAUACAUACAGUGAGUCAAUAAAGUUAAAGUACACACAUCAGUCAGAUAAAAAAAUGCAUAUGUUUCAUUCAAUUUACAUAAAAAUUUAUUAGAGCUUGUAUAUUUCACAUUGCAAAUAAAGUAAGGAACAUAAAAUCAUUCUUUUCAAUUCAUUACAUACUAGCUUUAAAAAAUAUAUUAAUAAACAAAAAACUUUGCACUAUCGUGAUUUCACAUAAAAAAAGUUUAAGUACACUUUAUAAAUAAUAUUAAAAAAAGAACAAAAACAAAAAACGUGGAAUAAAUUAAUAUUUUGUUGGUCCUCCACCUGCAUCGAUAACAGCUUGUAAGCGUCUACGCAUGCUUCUUACUAACCUUUUAGUGUGAUUUUCUGCGAUUUUGCCCCACUCCUCUGAUAACGCAUUUUUAAGCGAUCCCUUUGAGGUUAUAUUAUGUUUCCGAAUUCUUUUUUCUAACAAAUCCCAGACAUGUUCAAUGGGAGUUAGGUCCGGUGAUUGUGGGGGAGUAUGCAGUUGUUUGCAGUUGUAAAGGAGCCAUUCCUUAACUAAAUAUGACGUGUGCUUGGGGUCGUUAUCCUGCUCAAAAAGAAAUGUAAUUUCAUCGAGCCCCAAUUGCGUUGCACUUUGCUUAAGGUUGCUGCGUAAAAUGCUUAGAUAUGAAUGCUUAUCCAUAGUAGUUUCAAUAAAGAUCAUUUUACCCGCUGGUGGGGGCCGCCAUACACCCCCAAAUCAUUAUGUUACCGCCACCGUGUUUGACAGUCGGUAUUAAAUUUUUUAUCUGCAUCUCCUCAUUAGGCUUUCUCCAUAUUUUUGUCGCUCCAUCCGGUCCAUAAAUAUUAUAUUUAGAUUCAUCGCUAAAUAAUACGUUAUCCGAAAAGGAAUCUGGCUUUUCUAAGUGCUCCUUUGCAAAAUCCAAACGUUUUUUUUAUUAAUAGGUGAUAUUAGAGGGUUUCUACGUAGAACUCUUCCAUUGCAACCAGCUUUAUGAAGUACAUUUCUAAUGGUCUGAGGAUUGACGCUUGUUGCAGUUCCUUGUAGCAAUUCAUCACGUAUUUUUGGAGCAGAUUUUUUGGGAUCAGCUUUGAUGGCAUUCAAAAUAUAUCUCUCUUCCCGUUCGGAAAUUUUUUUUGGGCGACCAGAACGUGGUUUUUUUUUGCACAUUUCCAUUGCUGUUGUGAAAGUUAAUAAUAUUUUGUACGGUAGAAUGUGUUUUUCCAACAAUUCUUCCAAUUUCACGCAAUGAGUUUUUUUCCAAAUACAAUUUGAUGAUCAGUUUUCUUAUUUCCAUCGAUAUUUCUUUACCUUUUCCGAUUUCGUCCACUUUGAACUAGCGCCUGUAUACAAAUGUACAAAUUAUCAAUAAUAAAAUGCUUCAAACGCAUUUCUACACUUGUUUGCUAAAACCCAAACAAAUUUAAAUCCGUUAUUUUUACAAAAACAACCACGCAACAAUACAAAUUUGCGUGUUGUGCUUAAACUUUUUUUGCGCAAAUUUAGCGCUCAUUGAGGGUUAUUUUACGUAUGCAUCUAAAAUGUAUAACGGGAACAACAAAAAAACCGGUUUUCAUGACAACAAUGUACUCUUUUAAUGAUACAAAGAUAUUGCAUGAAGUUUUUUUUAACAUAACUAUGAUAAUUCUUAGUGUUUGUAAGAAAUAACAAGGUGUACUUAAACUUUAUUGACUCACUGUAAGUACAUAUAGCUCUACAAUCAAGACUUCCAUCUUAUGUAACUUCGCCUGUGUUCUGCUUAGUCAAUAAACUAAAAUAAUUAAAUUAUAGCCAACGAAAGAAUGUAGACUUCGAAAUCGGGUAUACUAGCGAAUUAAUGUUUACAAAUAAAGCAAGUAACGCUAACAUCGCGAGAAAUAUUUAUUGGCAUUAACCAAUUGUUAAAAUAUCUUGAUAACAUAGAGCGAUGUGUGAUGAUAUAAAGCAAGAUUUACCAAACUUAUUCCAAUCAAAAAAUGUCUAGAAACUUCGUAUUUUUAAUUUUUUCUCCUAAUAGGUAAAAAAGAACAAUUCCCGGGUUUAAAAUAAAUAAAUAACUUAAGUUUAAAUCAUUAACGAAAAGGUUCAAAACUCAUUGAUAUGCACUCUUUCGGCUGUGGCUUGAAAUAGAGCCAGAAGUAUUUACUUAAAUAUAGCCGUGCCCUGGGAUAUACUAAAAGUUUGAAACUUCAUGAAAUAAUCAAUAGAAAUACGGUAGGUGGGGCAAUUCCCAAUUCAGUCCCUCUAAAUAUUUCUGGACCGAUUUAGCAACGUGGGCUUGGCGUUUUCAUGCAGUUUAUCAUUCCUACCGUCCCAUUCCGGCCGCUUAACGAUCGCCAGUGAUGAUUUCAGAUGGUUUAAGGGGUUACAUGGGUUUCGUGGGUUCAAAAAUUUUUUUGGCUUAUUAAUCUCUACAACAUCUCACGAAUAUUAUCCUGAAUUUUCAAGUCGAUGCGAAUAGUAGUUUCGGAGAUAUAGCCUUUGGAAGGUGUGCGCUCCAAGCCACUUUUAUUGUUAAAACAUUAACCGCGUUUUUCCCGGAACCCUGUUUUCAAAGUCGGUUGUCAAAUGUUCUACGAAUACUACUCAACAGAUCUUGAUGAAAUUUUACACAGGUGUUCGAGAUACAAUUUACUCGUGCUUGAACAAAGAAUUUUAUGUUUUUUCAAUUACAACUAUUUAAAAAAAAAAAACAAAAUGUAAAGAAAAUUUGACCGAAAUUCUAAUUUUUUUGGGAAAAUGUCUGCCAAAACUCCAAUUUUUACUUUUUUUUCUUUCCUUCGUUCAAGCACGAGUUUAUGGUCUUAACUAAAACACUUAUAUUUGUUUUUUCAUUUUUGAUGAUCCUGUCAGGAGUUAUGCUUUCUCUCAAGCCCUCCAAGCGUCGCUUCAUCGGAUGUUGUCAUCGUCCAAGCUUAUGCGCCAUACGUUAGGACGGGCAUGAUGACAGUCUUGUAGAGUGUUAAUUUUGUUCGUCGAGAGAGGACUUUACUGCUCAGUUGCCUUAGUCCAAAGUAGCACUUAUUGGCAAGAGAGAUUCUGCGUUGGAUUUCAAGGGUGACAUUGUUAUCGGUGUUAAUGCUGGCUCCUAAAUACACGAAGUCUUUUACAACCUGAAAAUUAUAACUGUCAACAGUGACGUGGGUGCCGAUACGCGAGUGCGCCGACUGUUUGUUUGAAGACAAGAGGUACCUUGUUUUGUCCUCGUUCACCACCAAACCUAUUCGCUUUUCCUCUUUAUCCAGUUUGGAGAAGGCAGAACUAACAGCGCGGUUGUUAAGGCCGAUGAUGUCGAUAUCAUCGGCAUACGCCAACAAUUGUACGCUUUUAUAAAAUAUUGUUCCUGAGCAAUUAAGUUCUGCGGCUUUUACGAUGCUCUCCAACAUCAGGUUAAAGAAGUCACACGACAGCGAGUCACCCUGUUUGAAACCUCGUUUGGUGUCAAACGGCGCAGAGAGAUCCUUCCCAAUUCUGACGGCGCUGCUGGUGUUGAGCAACGUCACCUUGCAUAGCCAUAUUAGUUUUGCGGGGAUACCAAAUUCAGACAUCGCGGCAUACAAGUAACUCCUUUCCGUACUGUUGAAUGCAGCUUUGAAAUCUCCGAAAAGAUAGUGUAUGUCGAUUCUCCUUUCAUGGGUCUUUUCCAAGAUUUGGCGUAUUGUGAAUAUUUGGUCGAUGGUAGACUUUCCAGGUCUAAGGCCACACUGAUAAUUUCCAAUCAGUUGGUUGACGGUGGACUUCAGCCUUUCACACAAUAGGCGAUAUUUAGAAUACUAAUCCCGCAGUAAUUGGCACAGAUUGCAGGAUCGCUCGAUUGUUCCUAUUGGCCAGCAUCUCAAGCUCCUCGCACUCACGUAUUUCGGCCUCUCGUUUCUUCUUUCGGAUAAUACGUCUCUCUUCCUUUUUUAGCUCUCUGUAGCGAUCCCACAUGGCUCGCGUUGCGCCCGAUCGCAGCGUGGCUCUAUAGGCAGCAUCCUUUCUUUCUGCGGCAGCAUGACAUUCCUCGUCGUACCAACUAUUUUUUCGGGAUAGCCGGAAUCCGAUUUCAUUUUCGGCUGCGGUACGUAGAGAACGAGAAAUGUUGCUCCAUUGUUCGUGCAUGCCGGUUUGUUGGGCAGUACUCUGUGAGAGCAGGAGUGAGAGUCGAGUGGCGAAUCUUCUGGGUGUCUGUUGUGAUUGCAGCUUUUCGAUGUUGAACAUUCUUUGCGUAGGUAGAUGUACGUUUUUUGCUGCACAGAGGCGUGUGGGCAAUUUUGCUGCAACAAGGUAGUGAUCCGAGUCGAUGUUGGGUCCUCGGAUCGUACGUACAUCUAAUGCACUAGAAGCGUUACUUCCAUCUAUCACAACAUGGUCGAUCUGGUUUCGUGUUUUUCGAUCAGGAGACAGCCAACCGUAAAUAUUGAUCAAUAUAUGACACGUUUCAGCUGCACUUUUCUUCAAAAGGUAAUAAUGAAGCAUGACUUCCAGCAAAUGCUGUUUUUUCGGGACGAACCUGGACAUUUUUGACGUCAGAUAAAAAAGGACCUUUACGCUUCAAACGAAAGUCAACUGCUGCGAUCGAGACCUGUAUAUACCUUCAAAUCACCUGUAUGUUACUAGAGUGAACAUCAGCGGCGACACCUCUUUUACGAGGGCGGAAACUUAUUUUCAUACCCAAUUUUUAAGAUAUCGGGGUGUAUAUGUAAGACUUUUAGUCACUUCUGUUAGGUAUUGUGGCGUGUGUCUUGAAGUGACCUACCAUUUUAAGCCGACUCCGAAUGGAUUGUUUUUUGUUUAUGAGGAUCUUUUUCAUUGCAGAAAUACACUCGGAUCACAAUACAAUCGUUUUGAAUAUCUAUAAGGGCAGUUGCUGAUUUCGUACAAUUGUGUACUGUGACCAAGACCAUUUUUCCAAAAGUUUAUUGCGAGUUUAAAUAGCAGAGCUAAGUUUAAUGUUGUAUCAGGGUCAAUAACUUAUCAUACCCCGAACGGUAGAAAGAGGGACAUGGUUAAUAAAUAAUUUGGUCAAGUCAUUAUUAUUACAGAUCAUACAGAUCACGUUUACAGAUUUCAAAUCAUAAUACAUAAAAGUCGCACUACUGCCAGGAGAAUGAAACGACUCAUGAAGUGAACAAAAUAUUGGGUCGUGGUCCGAUAUAAAAAUAUUUUGUCAAAUUUGAGAAUGUGGUCAAAACUAGAUGUAAAAACGAGAUUUAAAACGCUGGUAAUCUUGUUGCAGCUGAUACAUGAUAAAGUAGUUUAUAGGGGGGUUAUUUACAGUUGGAGGGCCGAAAAAAAGCGAAUUUUCCAGAAUUUUUUCUAAGAAACCUUUUAAAUUUAUUAAUCUAAAAAUUUCUACAUAUAUUAUGUUAUCUUUUAACUCUAUUUUAAGACUUAGUAUUAGUAUUAGCGGUAGCCGUAUGGGUUGGUGCGUGACUACCAUUCGGAAUUCACAUAGAGAACGUAGGUUGGAAUUUCGGUGAAACACCAAAAUUAAGAAAACAUUUUUUCUAAUAGCGGUCGCCCUUGGCAGGCAAUGGCAAACCUUCGAGUGUAUUUCUUCCAUGAAAAAGCUCCUCAUAAAAAUAUCUGCCGUUUGGAGUCAGCUUGAAACAUUUGUGGAACAACAUCAAGACGCAUGCCACAAAUACGAAAAAGAGCUCGACCAAACACCCAAAAAGUGUGUACGCGCCAAUUACAUAUGUAUAUGUCUAUUCAUGUACGUAUAUUAGUAAAAAUAUUUAUUUGGAAAAGAGCUACAGCUGAUCUCCGGGAGCUCCUAUAAAAAAAGAUGUUUUGCGGUGACCACUAUAGCUCUGAACUGGAUCCUCUGAAAUUAAAAUUAAUCGAAGGAAUAAGCAAAAUAAAUUUUUUUGACAAAAUGGCGGUUUCUCAAAAAAAAAAUUCAUUUUUGUUUUCGAUUUGAAAUUUCGGCCUUAAAUUGUUUAUAAAAAAUAAAUAUUUAUCGGUAAGGAAAAAUCUUCGAUUAAGUACUAAAAAAUAUAUAUUAUUUAAGAAGCUCGUGUUGAAAUUUGAGACUAAUCCGUUUAGCCGUUUUCGAGUAAUGUUGGUCACCGACUUUGAAAGCACCAUUUUGAGAAAAAUGCGUUUAAAGUUUGCAAAGCUCUUUACAAGCACUUUGAAACGCUUUUUAUAAUUUGCGUCAACUUCGAAAAUUUCACCUAAACGAUAUUAAAUUUUCUGUGUGUAUUAAAUCGAUUUUUUGAAAGUUCCAACUGUAUGUUACUCCUUAAUAGCGUAUGAGUAUCUUAAAAGAAGGUUUAAACUAAAGUCUCCAAAUGUAACACAACACUCAUUAUCAAUCAAAAACAUAAACAACUCAAGAAACAAUGAAUCUAACAUGCAACACAUAUGGGGGUUAUACACACAUGACAUUAGUAUUUUAAUAGCAUUGAUACUGCCGAAGAUGCAAUUUUCAGAGUAAUUACAACACAAACCCCGCUUUUGAUUGUUUGGUUGUGACAUAUCAUAUUAAAGCUAGGGAUGCUAUAAUAAAAGACAGAACUACUAGAGUUGAACCACGUUUCUGAAACAGAGAAGGCGUCAAGAUUCCCCAAGAAUAUUCCUAACAUAGUCAAACUUAUCGCUGUUAAGGCGUGGCGCAUUAAAAUGAACCACGUUAAGGUCCUUAGACUAUAAACAAUUAAUGCUGUAGUCUGAUGUCCUAGCGGUGUGUUAAUCCAGCAAGCCGAACUGAUGAAGGAGCAACUAAAAAAUUUUAUCAAACAAGUAAAACAUAAACAGAAACAAAAAUGAUUGACAUUAAACAAAGUGAGAUGGAAAGGUACAAUAGAACAUUUUAAAAUAGUAAAAAUGCUAAAGAAAUAGCCUAGAGCUAAAGAAAAGUUAACAAACAGUGAAUAAAGAGAAAUAGGCCAAGAUAGAAAGAUAGAGAAAAAACAAGUUACUAACUUAAAUUGUUAAACUUUAUAAUUUAAAAGUAGAAAAACGAUCGUAUAAUACAUACAUAUGUCAAUUACUUCACUUUCUGGUGUCAUUAAAAUCAUUAUUUGCCAAAUCCAGAUGGUACUCUUCCGGCAAAAAAAAUUAAAAACCUCCCGGAACUCCGUUCGCCGUGCCACAAUCCAUACGAAUGAAGUCAACUCCCCGUUUCCGUUGCCUCCUCUUGAAUCGCGCAGCUCUUUUGUCAGAUUGUAUCUCAAUCCUCAUUUCCUUUUAAUCUACUAUUGCGAACGACGUUUGAGGUGUUCGAGUUUCAUGAAGAGAUUAGCAUGUGGGCAUGCCCGAUUCCGGUUCGAGACUUUGCUCUUCUUUGCCAUAAGUUCCAGAACAAAAGAGUCAUCGCCCGUCCUGUCACGCUUUCCCGGUGACAUUUUGGGUAUAGUGUUGGAGCCCAAACGAUUUUAAGUACUCAGUACUUGACCAUAACCGCAGAUUUCAUCUCAUUUCGUCUUCUUUCUUUCAGCUUCGUAGCGAUAAGCUUUUCGCCCAUUUGAUUGACUCCGUUCAGGAACGGUACCUUCCGGACAGCUUUAGUCUUCAAUAUGAAUUGAUUCGUUGAAGUAUCCAUGUCCGAAGAAUAUUGGUUUUUUGAAAGCAUAAGAUGUCUCAAAUGGAUAUUUAUUGUGUUAUCAAUAAUAUUCUAUGAACGGCUUAUUGAACUCGCUUUUCCAUGUUUACUAAAUUUGUAAUGAAGUCUGUGUACUCAGAUCUUCAAGGCUUGGUUAUUAAUAAAAUUUAGAACCGUUACCCACGUUUUGUAGUUUUAUUAAGGAAGUGCUUUUUUUGAUUGCGAAAAGUGAAAUUCUAUUUGAAAGCACACGUUUUUUUCAGUUAAUAACACACUUUCACAGAUUUGCGAAAAAUAAACGUGCAAUUGAACUCAAAAAUGACUUUACAAUAUCACUGUGGAACAAAUUCAGGUUAGCAAAAAUUAGGUCCAUUCUGAGAGUGGCGGGUGAAAAUAGAGGCGAAAUUAGAAGACCCGUAUCGCGCCGUUUUUUUAUGUUAGUUCGAAUUUUUUUUUAAUCGGCCUUCGAAGUUUGCAGUCAAAUGCCGAUUUUCAAUAUAUUGUUUCAUAAGUACCACAAAAAUUUUCGAAAUCAAUUUUUUCAAAAAUUGUAAUUGUUGCACAGGUCUCUAGCAGAUUGAAAAAAUAUCAAUUAGUCGACGAGUUAUAGCCAAAAAACCAUAUAAACAAUUUUGCUCCGAUUUCGAGCUUCGAAGGCCGAUUAAAAAAAAAUUCGAACUAACAUAAAAAAACGGCGCGAUACGGGUCAUCUAAUUUCGCCUCUAUUUUCACCCGCCACUCUCAGAAUGGACCUAAUUUUUGCUAACCUGAAUUUGUUCCACAGUGUAUUCGUAGCCGAAGUUAUUAUUAAACUAAAGUUAGUUCAUCACAUGUUAAGUUCUUAAAAAACAUUUAAAUAAAGAAACAUCAUCAGCAAGUGAGUGACUCUAUUUCAUCGCACAUCUCUGUAUAUACAAAUAAUAUUCAGCAGAGUAAAAGGUAAUGUGCUUAAAGAACAUAUAAAUUUAAAAAGGAUGCUUAGGAAAUGUCUCUUAAUACAAAAAUUUCUUUUUAUUUAUUUCGGUAUUUCAUAAUUUUCUCAAAUAACGAUUAUAUUUAUUUUAUUACAUUUAGGCAGUUUCAUAGCUACAGUCCGGAUAGUCUAGAGAGUAAAGUUUAUAUUAAAAGUUUUUGCCGGGCACAUAAGAUAUUUUGAAUGCAUACAUGUUUUUUGUAUACAUCUACUCUCAGUAAAUGUGACGUGUAUUUGUGUAGCUUAAGUCAGGGUAUGUUCACUUUUCCCAUAACUCCCACGCCUCUUUUUUUACGUUAAAGGCAUUAACAAAUGUAACAUCACAAGUUCGAAAUCUUUCCUGCCCUAUAAUCCCAUAGGUGUACGGCAUAGCCUAGAGAAAAAAGCAGUCCUUAAAUUAACACUAUUUGGUUGAAUAAAUGCAAUCAAAAUGUAUUAUUAGAUAAUUGAAUCAUCUGACAUGUAUAUCAUAAAUAACUGUUUUUAGUUAUGUUUUCUAAAUCUAUAUAUAUAUAUAUAUAUAUAUAUAUUUACUAUAUAUAAUUGCUAAAUGGCGCUAACAAAAAUUUUAAUUUCUCAUUUUUUUAAUGCUUUAAACCCCGAUUGAUUGAUUGAUUCAUUGAAUGGUUGACUGACCAAAACUCUAAAAACAAACCAAAACUUUAAAACAAACCAAAACUCUAAAAACAAACAAAAACUUCAAAAUAAAAAAAAAAACAAAAAAUGAACAU